UGUAGACAUGAGUAAUAACAAAAGAUAACACAAUUUGAAAAGCAAUACAGCAUUUGACAAGAUGUCCAUGAAAUGGAUCUCAGCUCUGUUACUACUACAAUUUUUUUGUUAUUUUAGCAUUGGGAGCUGCGGAAAUAUUUUGGUAUGGCCAAUGGAAUACAGCCACUGGAUGAAUAUGAAGAUCAUACUAGAGGAACUUAUUCAGAGGGGACAUGAGGUUACAGUUCUGAUACCUUCAAGCUUCAUUUUUGUUGGUGUUAAUGCAUCAUCUGGAAUUAAAUUUGAAACAUUUCCUACAUCUCUCAGGAGAGAUCAACUGGAACAAUUUUAUACUCGAUUCGUUUCUAAGUGGAUGGAUAUUGGCUCAAUAACUACCUGUUUGUCAUAUAUUCCUGUAAUGGAGGAGAUGUUCAAGGAAUAUUCUGCUAAUUGGGAGAAUGUUUGUAAAGAUGUAGUUUCAAAUAAAAAUCUUGUGACAAAACUACAGCAAUCAAACUUUGAUGUCCUCCUUGCCGAUCCCGUUGCUCCGUGUGGUGAGCUUGUUGCUGAGCUAUUGAAAUUACCUUUUGUGUACAGUCUUCGCUUCUCCCCUGGAUUCCAACUGGAAAAAAGUGCUGGAGGGCUUCCGUUUCCUCCCUCUUAUAUACCUGUCCUGAUGUCACGCUUAAGUGGUGAAAUGACUUUUAUGGAAAGGGUCAAAAACAUGAUAUGCAUGCUUUAUUUUGACUUUUGGUUUGAAACAUUUAACCUGAAAAACUGGAACAAGCUUUACAGUGAAGUUUUAGGGAAUCCCACUACAUUGUACAAGCAAAUGCAAAAAUCAGAUAUGUGGCUUAUUCGAAGCUACUGGGAUUUGGAACUUCCACGCCCUACCUUACCAAAUUUUGAUUUUGUUGGAGGACUCCACUGCAAACCUGCCAAACCACUACCUAAAGAAAUGGAAAACUUCGUGCAGAGCUCUGACGACCAUGGCAUUGUGGUGUUUUCCCUGGGGUCCAUGGUCAGUGACAUGUCAGAAGCAACAGCCAAUGCGAUUGCUUUAGCCCUUGGACAGAUUCCACAAAAGGUGAUUUGGAGAUUUGAUGGCAGGAAACCAGAUACAUUAGGAGCCAACACUCGGUUGUUCAAGUGGAUCCCACAGAAUGACCUACUUGGUCAUCCAAAAACCAGAGUUUUUAUAACUCAUGGUGGAGCCAAUGGUGUUUUUGAGGCAAUCUACCAUGGAAUCCCAAUGGUGGGCAUUCCCUUGUUUGGAGAACAACAUGAUAACAUUGCUUACAUGGAGGCUAAAGGAGCAGCUGUUACACUGGAUUUCCAAACAAUUUCAACAACAGAUUUGCUAAAUGCACUGAACAAAGUCAUUAACAAUACUUCCUAUAAACACAAUGCUCUGAGGUUAUCAACUAUUCACCAUGAUCAACCUAUGAAGCCGCUGGACAGAGCUGUCUUCUGGAUCGAGUUUGUCAUGCGCCACAAGGGGGCCAAACACCUGAGGCCUCUUGCCCAGAAUCUCACCUGGUAUCAGUAUCACUCUCUGGAUGUGAUUGGUUUCCUUCUGGCUUGUGCUGCAACCAUUAUCUUCCUUGUCAUAAAAUGUUGCUUAUUUUUCUUUCAAAAUUUUGUGAUGGUAGGAAAGAAAGAAAAGAGGGAGUAGUGUUUCAGGUGUAUAGCUUUACAAGUGAGACAAUUUCAUCUAACUCCAGUGCCAAAGACAGAGUCAUAUGAGAUGAUCAGCCAUGUUCUAUAGCAUCUUUGCCUUGCUGAUUUUCCCAUAUAUUGCAAACAUGCUCAAGGAAUCUACAAUACAAAUUUCAGUGUUCCUUUAACAGUUGUACUUUAAUUAUCACAUGCAUUUUAUUAUGAAUCUUAAGAGUCACUUAACCCACAGUAUGUUGGUUUGAGCCAAGUAGGAAGCCUGAAAAUUGUAGUAUUUCAGAUACAUUUUCAGUUUCAAUAAAAUAUAAUGCAGUAGACUUUUUGUGUGUGAAAGAUCAUCAAAAGCAGGUAUACAUACAUCACUGAGGCUUAAUAUUUCUAACAGUUGUGGCAAGAUACUUAAAGGGGGAAUACAUGUAUAAAAUGUAAUUCAUAUUUGUAGUUUUUAAGCACUCUCAAUUCUGAUUUCUACAGUGGUUGUAUUCGUUUACCCUCACACCAGCAAUGAAGAGUGGUUUCUUUCUCUUCAUAGCCUCACUAACUUUGCUACUGGUGGACUUGCUGAUUGUAGCCAUUCCUCCAUGGGUGAAAUAGAAUGUUGUUGUUGCUGUAAUUUGCAUUUCUGAAAUGCCAGUUGUUGGGGAAAAUUAAAAGAAACAGAGGUAAGAGUUCAACAUGACAGGUUUAUUUCAGAGCGAACCAAGAAGCACUACUCUAUGCUGCAGGCCUGACUGACGAUGCUCUUGCAGGCUCCAAGGUCUUUUAGAAAGUCAUGAAUACAAAGCAGAGGAUUAAGGAACCUGACACUGGAAUUUUGAGGGGGGCGGGGGAAAGCUCAGUAUGGAGACAGCCUAUUUCAAAAAUCAGAGUUUGAAAACAUACAAGGAUGUUUUGUUUCAUUUGUUAAGAAAAGGAUCAAAAAUUGAUUGGGACUUCUCAGAUUUAGAUGUGUUCCUAAGCCUUCUGAAUCCAUAGUACUAAAACCAAAGCAAUGUUAAAUGCAUAUUACAGGGAAGGGAUUUGAAGUGGUGUGUGUUGUGUCAAGAUAGCAGUGCACAGAUUCUUACACUACUGAUAUUGAAAAGUUUGCCAAGUGUUUAUUGACUGUUGGUGUUUCUCCAGCUUAGAAAUGAUUUUUAGAAUUAGGUCUUUAAAUUUAAAGGUUUAAUUUUAAUUGUUUUCAUAUAUUCUAAAUGUUAUAUCUUCGUCUAACAAGUAACUGGCCAAAAAUUUUUCCCCAUUCUGUAGAUUAUGUGUACACUUCAUUGAUGGUUUCCUUUGCCAUGAAAAAAGACUUAAAUUUAAUAUGAUUCCAUUUUCUAAUUCUUGGUAUUAUUUCUUGCACAACUGAGACUUUAUUCAAAAAUAUCUUUGCAUACAACUUAUGUCUCUAAUUUUAAUGCAUUUUAUUUUCCCACAAAUUCAGUGUUUCUCUUUUAAUUCUGAGAUUUUUGAGUGUAAUAGUCUAUACGAUUAUGGGACAAAUUUCAAACUUAAGCAUGUGGACCAUUUUUCCAGCACAAUUUGUUCAUAAGUCUCUUUCCUCCAGUGAAGGAUUGGCUCCUUUUGCACAGAUUAUGUAACACUGUGUCUGGAGUCGUUUCUCUACUUCCAUUCUGUGCGAUUGAUCCACACUUUUUAAAAAAUACCAUUCUGUAUUGAUCACUAGAGCUUUGUAGUAUAAUUUGAGUUCUGGGAUGUGAUGCCACAGCCAUGCCCUUACUGUGCAGAAUUAUUUUUGUUCUUCUAUGUGUCUUCAAGUUCUAUGUGAAUUUUAGGGUUACUUUCUCUAGCUUUAUUAUUGAUAAAGUUCUUGAUAGUUUGAAUGGUAUUGCAUUAUAUAGAUUGCAUAUCAUGCAGUCUACAUAAGUAGUUUCAGAGGGAUGGUGAUUUUAGGUCUAUUGAUUCUGUCUGUGCCAGAAAAGAAACACCUUUCCAUUUUCUGAUAUCUUUAGUCUUUUUCAAAGCAUUAUUGAGAUUGCUUCAUUGUAGUGGAAUAUCACUACCUAGGUUUCUUGAUACUAUUUUGAAAAGUAUAUUUUUGUAAUUUUCCUCUCUAUAAUUUUGCUGUUGGUGUAGAGGAACACUUUUAAUUUUGCUGUGUUGGCUUUAUAUAAUGCCACAUUACUAAAUUUGAUUACUCUCAACUUUGGUAAACAUUUUGGGUCUUCUAUGUAGAAGGUUGUGACAUCUACAAAUAAUACUAAUUUCACUUCUUUGUUCUUUUUUAUCAGUACUGGGGUUCAAACUCUCAACCACCUGCUUGCAAGGCAGGUGUUUAUGCCGCAGAGCUAAAUCCCCAGCCCACACUUCUUCAUUCUUUAUCCAUAUUCUUUUUUGUGUUUUUUUCUUGUCUAAUUUCUACAACGAAUAUUUUGAGAACUAUAUGAAACAAAGUUUAUAAUGAACACCCCUGUUAUGUUCCUGAAUCUAGAGAAAAAUUUUGCAGCCUUCCACGAUUACCUAGGAAAUUAACCAUUAUUUUGUAACAGAUAACUUUUACAAAAUUAAGAGGGCCAAGGACUUAGCUCAGUGGCUUAACUACCUGCCUGGCAAGGGCAAGGUUAUGAAUUAGGUCUCUGGUGCCUAAAAAAAGAAGAUUAAAAUUAGGGUCUUCUAUUCCUAUCAUCUUGAAAAUUUUCACCUGAAUGCAUGCUGAAUUUUUCAGAUGUUUUUCCUUCAUCUAUGAAAGUGAAUAUAUAGCUUUCUCUCCAUACUUCUAGUAUGUGGGGAAUUACAUAUUUUAAAUAAUUUCUGCAUCUCUGAAAUGAAUUUUCUUUUGUCAGGAUGUAUGAUCUUUUUGAUAAUUUGCUGCAGUCUGUCUUCUAGGAUCUUACUGAAGAGUGUUGCAUCUAUGUUCAUUAAAGGGUUUACACUGCAUUGUCUUUAUUCGUUUAGGACCUUUUCUGGUUUUGGAGUUAGGGUACAUCUUGCUUCCAGAAAUGACUUUGAAAAUACUUCUUGCUUUUUCAGUUUUCUGGAAGUGUUUGAGAUGUUUUGGUGGAAUCUAAAGAACUCAGCAGUGAAUGUGUUAAGAACAGGGAUUUUCUUUUUUGGUAGGUUUUUAUUUUAUAACUGACUGAUUCUGAAAAUUUAGAAUUUUCAUAUCUUUUUUGUUUAGCUUUGUUAGUUCAUAUGUAUCUAGCAAUUCUAUCUUCGGCGUUAAAUAUGAUAGAUUAUAGGUAGUUGCCAAUAAUCUUUCAGAAUUAAGCAAAAUGUUUUGUAAUAUCAUUGCUUUCAUAUCUAAUUACAUGGUUGUAUUUCUUUGCUUUCCUUUUUAAAUAAAAUUGACUUAUCGGUU